AAUUUCCUCCCACUCGCAGUAGGACAGUACAAUAGCGAACAGACUGGGCGCAUUUGUGCAACUCGACUCCAACUCCCUCCCUCUCUCGUGCUCCUCCUGGCCAAAACUGCUGUGCUCCUCUAGUGCGCUUCAUUCAGAUGGAUAACUUCAGAAACAUGGCUCUACCAAACACUUCACUUUUACUGUUUGUUCUUCAAAUGUGCGCUGUUGCGUGGCAAGCUCGGGCGCUGGUGGAUCUGAAGAUGGAGGACACUGUAGAGGUUUACAUGGACGAGUCUGCAGAGAUCCCCUGCCUGUACACCUUCACCGUGAAACCCUCUACGGUGAUGGUGCAGUGGUUUGUGAGGGAACGUGAAGGUAAUCGGGUAAGGAUCUCCUACAGCGAUCUGACCAUGCAGAAGGUGGAUGAGAACACAAUCUACAGUGAUCGUAUCACUGUGCAGUCAAACAGUGAUGGAGAAACUCUGACCAUUCAGGACGUUAAACUGUCUGAUGAGAGAGAGUUUUUCUGCCAGGUCACUGGGUUUGCGGCAGGCAAUGGAGAGGCCAGGACUCUCCUGAAGGUUUUUGACCCCCCAGAGCCUCCUGUCAUUGAAGGCGUCCUCUCUGGAGUUUCUGUGUCCAGUGAUUCCCCAGCUAAGAUUGCAUCUUGUGAGACCAGAGACGGCUUUCCCAAGCCAAACAUCACAUGGUACCGUGAUCACAUCCCCAUUCACCCUGCUAAUGGCUUGGUGAAUGUGGUAACACUAGUGACAAGGGAAUCCAGUGGUCUAUAUACAGUACAGAGUGAUUUGCAUUAUAAGGUGACCAAGGAAGACAAGGACGCCCACUUUUCCUGUGAAGUCAGCUACUUUGUCCCAGCAGCUGUCAGGACGUCUGAGUCCAAAGGCAUCAAUAUUACAGUUCACUAUCCAACAACCAGCGUGGAGAUAUGGAAAGAAUCGCCUGAGGGCUUGGUCAAAGAGGGGGACACAGUGGAGAUCCGUUGCCAAGGCGAUGGGAACCCCCCAGCACCCAUCAUUUUCAACCGAGAACAAUCAGAUGUGGAGCUGGAUUCAUAUCAUGGGCUGCUGGUCCUGAAGGAGGUGUCUCGGGCAGACAGCGGUGUGUAUGAAUGUCACUCUUUGGAACUGGAUGCAGUGAAUCAUGAUGAGGUGGUGGACACCCUACAGCUCACUGUGCACUAUCUGGACCCAGCUGUGGUGAUGCCCAAGGACUCAGAGGUCAUGCUGAAAGGAGAGAGUCUGAUAGCCACCUGCAAUGCCCUGUCGUCUUUAGAGACCUCUACUGUGUGGUUUAAGGAUGGGAUUGAGGUCGGAAGAGGACACACAAUGCAGCUGCUGGAUGCCACAUUUGAUACAGCUGGACAGUAUGACUGUGAAGUGACUGUACCGUCUCUUCCAGGCCUGCUGACCAGUGGUUCUGUCCACAUCAUCGUACAGGGGCCACCUCAGAUGAAGGAUGCUGAGAGGGAAAUUGAGCUGACAGAAAAAGUUGGGGUGUGGUUAAAUUUGAGCUGUGAGGUGAGAGGUCACCCUAGACCCUCCAUCACCUGGAGCUUCACUGGCAGCCAGAGCUGGCGUGAGGUUGCUAAAAGAGAGACGGAGGAGCAAAUCCACAGUGUUGUGACGCUUAAAGUUACCACUGACACUGUUGCUAUCUGCAAUUCAACAAAUGACUUCGGAAUAGAGACCAAGACCUACAACAUCAGGAGCAUUCCUUUCUCCCAGACUCCAACAGCUAGAAAAACUUCAGUCGAUAAUAGUGGAGUGAUCAUUGUGGUGAUUAUUGUGAGCAUCCUGUUGCUGGCCAUCCUGGGCAGUGUCUUCUACUUCCUGUAUAAAAAGGGCAAGUUACCCUGUGGACGCUCAGGCAAGCAAGAAAUCAUUAAUGCCUACAGCACCAAGGAGAAGACUAACAAAGAUGACAUCGUCGUAGAGAUGAAGGCAAAAAAGACGGAGGAGUCUGUGCUAUUGAAGGGCGUCAAUGGGGAAAAGAAACCUCUUAAUGACCAGAACAACACCCUUAGCUCAUAAACGGAGGCUUGUCGGCGCCUAAAGAUGCUGUCUGUACCUCCCUGCUGACCCAACAAUCAAGUCUUAAGAGCUGGAGGACCUCUUGUGGAGCAGCCACCUCCUCUGGAUAAAGUGGACUGUACUUUUGUAUCUUGUGUGAGAGCAGCAGUGUUCAUGCUUGGAUAAAUGGGACGGAAGCGAGCUGAUCCAUAAAGGAAGAUUGUUCUCUAUUUUCUACUCUUCUCCAAUGUUUUUCUUCAACCAUUGACCAAUUCAAGGUUUCCAUGAAAAACAAGCAAAGUGAAUUUCUGAGAAAACUGGUCGUAAAACCAUUCUUACACCCUGUCCACAUUGAUGCUGGCUAAACUGGAUGCAAGGCUUCGGCUACGUUCACACUGUCAGUCCAAAUCCGAUUAUUUGUGUAUCCGACUGCAAUCUGAUCUACAAUUAUUGACUGUCCACACUGUGUAUCGCAACAGUUCAGAUACGAUUUGUGUGUCCGUGCCGUUUUUUCGUUUUCUGGAAUAUCUGCAUUGGUUUCUAUGGAAAUGACGUUGCAUUUGUACGCCAAAAACAACAACUGCAACAUUGAGCAGUAGAAAUGUAGGAGGCUGAUAUGUUCCGUGCUGUCGUCUCCGCUGGUCUCAAAACAUGUCUCUGUUAUAUUUUGCUUGUCCUGCACUGUGCAACUACACAACCUUGUUUCUGCUGCAAUGUUCAGCAUGUUUCCUAUAACAACGUCUGACGUUUACUUUUUACGUGGUGUGCGAAAGUCACAUAAACCACGCAAAAUCUGAUCAGAGCAGUCAGACUGAAACGGAUUUCCAGAAAUGCGUUUUGAAUAUGAUUUCAACCCACGUAUGAAUGUAGAUCAAAACGCAAUUGUAAAAAUCACAUUUCAUGUGAUGUUUUGCUGUUCACACUUGCUAAAUCUGAUCAGGUUUCAGUUGAAUAUGCAAAAACAAUUUGGACUGACAGUCUGAAGGCUUUAGGCUACGUUCAGAUGGUCAGUCCAACUCCGAUUUUGUGCAGAUCUGAUUGAAAUCCAAUCAGAUUUAGCAAGAGUGAAUGGCAAAAACAUCACAUGAAAUGAAAUUUUACAAAUCCGUUUGAAAUCAAAUUCAAAUCGCAUUUUUGCAAAUCCGUUUCCGGAUCCGGAUUUCGUGAGGUUUAUGUGACUUUCUCACGCCACGUAAAAUGUAAGUAUUAGAUGUUGUUAGGAAACAUGCUAAAAGUCACAGCAGAAACAAGGUUGUGUUGUUGCACAGUGCCGGACAUGCAGAAAAUGACAAUAUAACGGAGACAUGUUUUGAGACCGACGGAGACAAUAAAGCUGCAUACCAGCUUCUUACAACAUCUGUAUUGCAAACCCCUCCAUGUUUGGUUGUUGUUGUUGUUUUUGACAUAUGCCUACCAACGCAACCUCAAUGCCACAGAAACCAACGCAGAUAUUUCAGAAAACGAAAGAACGGCACGGACACACAAAUCGUAUCUGAACAGUUGCGAUACACAGUGUGGACAGUCAAUAAUUUUAGAUCAGAUUCCAAUUGGAUAUACAAAUAAUCGGAUUUGAACUGACAGUGUGAACGAGUCGCCGUCAUUAAACGGUUGGCCCGUUCUAGUGCUGCAUACUCCUUAUGCUAGUUUCAACAACAGGAAAAGUGGAUUUGGAGCAUUCACAUUGGCGCGUCCAAUGUAGACAGCCUCAAGCUUUUGAGAUGCGACGCGACACAAAUUGCGGCAAAUGUAAAAAUGCUUUUACAGACUAAAUUCAUUUUGCUUGUUUAACAAAUGAGUGUCUUUUUUAGAGAGACUUUCCUCGCUGCAGCCAGUAGACAAUGACGUAAAUCUAUUGUGUGAUUUUUAUUUAUUUUUUUUUCCCCCAAACCAGUUUAGCACAAACUCCGCCUCACAGCCACUUCUAAAGAUUUCAUUACAUACAGUGCUGAUAGCCUACACAACACUACAACAAAUACUAACACAUGAACCUACCCUACACCCUAACCUUAACAUGGUUUGGGGGAAAAAAUCAUACGUCACUACGCACUACGUACAUCUUUUUGCGAUACAGACUGCAGUGAGGACAUCUUGUUUUUAGACCACAAAAAUGUAUAUAUUAUAAAUAUGUUUUAUUGAUCCUAUUUGUGACCCAAUUCAUGCUAGUCGUGCUUUUCUAAGCUCUGUUGAGAAAAUAUUUCGUUUUGCGAUCCUUGCAUAAUGCUAAAGAAAAAAAAACAUUUGAUUUUCAUAUGGCGAAUUUUGUUUCCUAUGUACAGUACAGAACAGUUACAUGUCUUCUGAUAUUCCAGUAAAUCCCAACGGACCAAAUAAUAAAUGCAAAUUCCAUUUCAAAGGCUGUUACUUAAAAAAACCCACGUAAAGAUAUUGAGAAUAACAGAUGUGUAGUCUUCAUAUACACACAGCCCUUCACAAUAUUAAGAAACCCCAUUCAACUUGGCAGUAAACCGGGUAAAUGGAUAAACAUGACCAGGAUUCAGCCAAUGAAACAGAGCUGACACUUAAUAGUGUGUACGGUCCAACUCAAACUACUGCAGAGCUCAUUCACUGUUUGUAAAUAGUCGUAGGGAAGGAAAUUGUAGCUCUUUGUGUUUUGACUGCUGAGGGGAAUUGCAGCUCCCUCUGUUUUUGCCUCAACUGCAGUGCCUGCGGAAAUGUGUCUUCAUUUCACAUCAAUGUUAGUUACACUGAAACCUUUGUGUAUGUCCUGUUCGUUUUGCACACGUCUCUGUAUUUGGUGAGGGGAAAGUUUUGUUGUUUUCAUAAAUGCCACGCAUAAUUAUAUGUUUUAUAAAAAGGCGCAGUAUGUUUUAACCUGAAAACUUUUGGUUUUAGACUUUUGUUGCUAUCGUUCAGUCGUCAAUGCGAUUUGUUCUAAUGUACAGAGUUUUUCUUGUUUCAUGUUGUUGAGUGUGGCUGACAUGAUGGCUUUGGCUUUUACAUUUGUUCAGUAAGGACAUCAUGACACACACAUGUUAUCUACAUCAGUGCUUGAGGAAGCUGAACCUAAUAACUUCAGGACUGUUGUUAAAACACUAAACCACACUUGGACAAUUCAGAUUUGAUUAUAGCUGUACUCAUGCAUUCUUUUAGCCUCAAAAAAUCUAAAAAGUAGGCUGAUUUUUGUGUCAAAAGUUGCAUUUUAGUAAUCUUUACAUUGUUUAAAUAUGAGUGCGAGCCAUUUGAGACUGUCAGAACACUGUUGAACCACUGCAUUCUACACUGGCACCUUUUCCCUGCCUGUCCUUGUGAGCAAAUUAUGUUGUAAUAGCGCAAACUAUCAUUCUCAUUGUAGAUUUUUCGCAAACAGUUACGCAGUGUUUUACGUUUUGAUUUCACUUAUGGAUGUAAAUUAAGUACUUGUGGUUUGAUGCGUUUGAUGCUUGCUUUUUUUAUAUAAAUUUUGGCCAAAAAAAAAAAAUAAAGAUAUGUUACAUUCAA